CUGUAGGUGGUUGUGGCCACCGAGCCUAGAGGGAGGCGGCGGCGGCGAAUGAUGCCUGGGAAACUCCUCUGGGGGGACAUUAUGGAGCUGGAGGCACCCUUGGAGGAGACCGAGAGCCAGAGGAAGGAGAGGCAAAAGAUUCUUCACAAGUGCUUGAUUUUCCUUUAUCUGUGAAAGAUAACUAAAGAUUUGGAAACAGAUUGGAGUACCAGCUAAUAGAGCAUUCAGAUAGUGAUGUGGCACUAAGAUGAAGAUGACUUUGGUUCUGGAUAUGUUGAGAUAUGGAGCUGGGCCCUAGGUACUCAGAACUGGAGUACAGGUGAGGAAGGAUGCCUGGAAGUGUAUUCUGAAGCCAUGAAAAUUGUAUAAAGUGUGCAUAGAGAACAGAGACUUAAGGAAUGUCCACAGCAGGAGGAGGGAGAAGAACCACUGAAGAAGAUAGAGAGUGAUAGAAGGAAAUCAAGGCACCAUUAUGACUCAGAUGAGAAAUCAGAAACGAGAGAAAAUGGUGUUGCAGAUGACCUGGAUGCUCCAAAGCCCAAAAAAGUUAAAAUGAAAGAGAAGCUAAAUGGAGACACUGAGGAAGGAUGUAAUAGACUUUCAGAUGAGUUUUCUAAAACUCAGAAGUCGAGAAGAAAAGAUUUGUCAAAUGGAGAUAUUGAUGAAUAUGAAAAAAAAUCAAAGCGAGUGCCAUCCUUAGAUAGUUCUACUCAGAAAUCAAGUGAUAAUAAACUAGAAGAGACCCUAACACGAGAACAGAAAGAAGGAGCCUUCUCCAAUUUCCCUAUUUCUGAAGAGACUAUAAAGCUUCUGAAAGGUCGAGGGGUAACAUAUCUCUUUCCUAUUCAAGUUAAGACCUUUGGUCCUGUAUAUGAAGGAAAAGAUUUAAUUGCUCAAGCACGGACAGGAACAGGAAAGACAUUCUCUUUUGCCAUUCCCUUGAUUGAAAGACUCCAAAGAAAUCAAGAGACAAUUAAAAAAAGCCGCUCACCAAAGGUACUUGUUUUGGCUCCUACAAGGGAACUGGCAAACCAAGUAGCCAAAGACUUCAAAGAUAUAACUAGGAAACUCAGUGUGGCCUGUUUUUAUGGUGGAACAUCAUAUCAAAGCCAAAUUAAUCAUAUUCGAAAUGGUAUUGACAUCUUGGUUGGGACUCCUGGUCGUAUCAAAGAUCAUCUGCAAAGCGGCCGAUUAGAUCUUUCUAAACUGCGCCAUGUUGUGCUGGAUGAAGUGGAUCAAAUGUUAGAUUUAGGCUUUGCUGAACAAGUUGAAGAUAUUAUCCAUGAAUCCUACAAAACUGAUUCUGAAGACAAUCCUCAGACUUUACUUUUUUCUGCAACUUGCCCACAGUGGGUAUACAAAGUUGCAAAAAAAUACAUGAAAUCCAGAUAUGAACAGGUUGACCUUGUUGGAAAAAUGACUCAAAAGGCUGCAACUACUGUGGAACAUUUGGCCAUCCAAUGCCAUUGGUCCCAGAGGCCAGCAGUUAUUGGAGAUGUCCUUCAAGUCUACAGUGGGUCUGAAGGGAGGGCUAUUAUUUUCUGUGAGACCAAAAAGAAUGUAACUGAAAUGGCUAUGAACCCGCACAUAAAACAGAAUGCCCAGUGUUUACAUGGGGACAUUGCACAGUCACAAAGAGAAAUUACACUGAAAGGCUUCAGAGAAGGUAGUUUUAAAGUUUUGGUAGCUACCAAUGUGGCUGCCCGUGGUUUGGACAUUCCUGAGGUUGACCUGGUGAUUCAAAGUUCUCCUCCACAGGAUGUUGAGUCCUAUAUUCAUCGCUCUGGACGCACAGGUAGAGCUGGCCGGACAGGAAUUUGCAUAUGUUUUUAUCAACCAAGAGAAAGAGGUCAACUAAGAUAUGUGGAACAAAAAGCAGGAAUUACUUUUAAACGUGUAGGUGUUCCUUCUACAAUGGAUUUAGUUAAAUCUAAAAGCAUGGAUGCCAUCAGGUCUCUGGCUUCUGUUUCUUACGCUGCUGUUGACUUUUUCCGACCGUCAGCUCAGAGACUGAUAGAGGAGAAAGGGGCAGUGGAUGCAUUGGCUGCAGCAUUAGCCCACAUCUCUGGUGCAUCAAGUUUUGAACCACGAUCUUUGAUCACUUCUGAUAAGGGGUUUGUGACCAUGACUCUGGAAAGCCCAGAAGAAAUACAGGACGUCAACAGUGCUUGGAAGGAACUUAACAGAAAGCUGAGUAGUAAUGCUGUGUCCCAAAUUACCAGAAUGUGCCUCCUAAAAGGAAAUAUGGGUGUUUGCUUUGAUGUUCCCACAACGGAGUCAGAAAGGUUACAGGCAGAGUGGCAUGAUUCAGACUGGAUACUCUCAGUGCCAGCCAAGUUACCUGAAAUUGAAGAGUAUUAUGAUGGAAACAUAUCUUCUAAUUCCAGACAGAGAAGUGGCUGGUCAAGUGGCCGAGUGGGGAGAUCGGGCCGGUCAGGUGGUCGAUCUGGUGGCCGGUCAGGUAGACAGAGUCGACAGGGGAGUCGGUCGGGAAGUCGACAAGAUGGUAGAAGACGAAGUGGGAAUAGAAAUCGAUCAAGAAGUGGGGGCCACAAACGGAGUUUUGACUGAGAAUUUGAUAGUUAAUCUACCAGUGUGAGCUUGCCUAUUUCUGCCUAAUCAUGUACAUUAUCCACCAAAAAUUAGGUCAUCAUAGUUGAGGUAUGUGUCUGCUGUUGGCAAAGAAGUUGGUCGUAUUUUUUUAAAAAGUAUUUCACAAGAAUGGUUGUAAACAAAUCUACUUAUCCAGUUAUACCUUUGAAUAAAAAAACCUCCUUUUAUUGUCUCUUUUCA